AUGCUGUCGUCGACGAUUAAUUUUAUUUUCGAUUCCAUGCUGUUCCACGUGUCCGAAUUUAUUUUGACCGUUAUUUCCAAAUCGUACCUUAAACAAACGAACGAUAGAUCGAUCGAGACAAUCGGAAUGUUUAAAAAAAUAAGUGUAUAUAUCAAAGAUUAUUUUGGUGUUAAAUAUGCUCUUUAUUUUGCUUGGUUAGGAUUUUAUACUCACAUGCUAAUACCUGCCAGUAUUGUUGGACUUAUUUGUUUUUUUUUUUACGGGUGGAUCACUCUAAAUUACAACACUUUGAGGUAA